CAGGGGGCUCGGUGGGGGCGAGGCCGAGAGGCCCAAGGCAAGGCCCAGCCCGGGGCACUGGAAGUCGAACUGUUGGAUCGGAGCAUGAAUUCUGUGACUGUCAGUGCUGUAUAGAGUAAAGACCAAGGCCAGAUGAGCAAGUAGACUCGCACCGCGGCCUGGCUGGGGGGUCCAGGGGGCAAGGCCAGGAGGCCUGGUCCGAGGUUCGGCAGGCAGGGCCCGGGCGGCCGAGGCUGGGUUGGCGGACUGGAGCCGCGGGCACCGAACCGACACUGCUGGGCCAGGCUGCAGCGUCUUGAUGUGGAAGUGACAGGCAGGGAUAGCCCCGCUGCCCCGGGGCAGGGGCCGAGGUUGGCAGGGCCCGGCCCGAGGCAAGGAGGCCGGGCCCGGCCCACCUAAGCUGACGGACGGCCCGGGGCCUCCCUUGUCCGCUGGAUACACUGCUGUGCUGGGGCUCCGGAGGACAAGUCGCCGGGCGGAGGCGGGGCUGCGGAUGGAGAGCUAGGGAAGGGUUGUAGGAGCGGCAGAAAGGCUCGCGGCCCGCGGCCUGUCUGACUACCCGGGCCUCGCUUCUCCGGGCCACUGACCGACUGGCUGGGCGGCAAGCAUCGGAGGCCGCUCGGCUGGGCCAGAGCGGCAAGAAAGGGCCGAAAGCGGGUGCAGGGCCCUGGAGCGGUUCGGCAGCGCGGAGGGCUCGCACCGCGGACCAGCAAGCCCUCCCAGGCCCAAUACUUCAAAGCAUCUUACCUCUGCUCAAUAUAUAUUACUUGGAGAGGAUUGAGGAAACUGCCCUCAAGAAAGGCCUCUCCACUCAGGCUAUCUGGCGCCGACUCUGGGAUGAGCUGAUGAAGACAAGACCUUCCAGUUUGGAAAGUGUGACCUGUUGGCGAGCCAAGUUUAUGGAAGCCUUUUUUUCCCAUGUUCUACGUGGUACCAUUGAUGUGUCUUCUGACAGGCGUCUUUGCGACCAGCGCUUCUCACCUCUUCUGCAUAGCUCUCGUCAUGUCCGGCAACUCACCAUCUGCAACAUGCUGCAGGGUGCAACAGAGUUGGUGGCUGAGCCCAACCGCAGGGUUUUGGAGACCCUGGCCAGUUCCCUGCACACCCUCAAGUUCCGCCACCUGCUGUUCUCUGAUGUGGCUGCUCAGCAGUCACUUCGGCAGCUGUUGCAUCAGCUCAUUCACCAUGGCGCUGUCAGCCAAGUGUCGCUGUACUCCUGGCCUGUGCCUGAGUCAGCACUUUUCAUCCUUAUCCUCACCAUGAGUGCUGGCUUUUGGCAACCAGGCCCUGGUGGCCCACCCUGCCGCCUCUGUGGAGAGGCUUCCCGAGGCCGAGCCACAUCCCGAAAUGAAGGGUCUCUGCUGCUGGGCUCACGCCGGCCUCGCCGGGAUGCUGCCGAGCGUUGUGCUGCAGCCCUGAUGGCUACCCGGAGAAAGAGUGAAACCAAGCAGAUGCCCAGAGCUGCACCUGCCACUCGGGUAACACGACGGAGCACACAUGAGAGCCUGAUAGCAAGCGGGACAGACCUUAAGAGAGGGCUGCACCCUCCAGCCACUUCCCAUGAGGCUUCUGGUACCAAGCGGCCACCUUCUACUCUGGCUGCCACCUCUUCUGCCUCUGCCUCCUCUUCCACAGCCUCAUCCAAAAGGGCUCCAGCUAACUCAGCCCCACAACCUAAGCCCUUAAAGCGUUUCAAACGAGCUGCAGGGAAGAAGGGUCCUCGUGCUCGUCAGGGAUCUGGUGCAGAGUCUGAAGACCUGUAUGACUUUGUUUUUAUUGUUGCUGGUGAAAAGGAAGAUGGUGAAGAGAUGGAGAUUGGGGAAGUGGCUUGUGGAGCUUUGGAUGGAUCAGAUCCCAGCUGCCUGGGGCUCCCAGCCCUGGAAGCCUCCCAAAGAUUCCGCAGCAUCUCCACUUUGGAGCUAUUCACAGUUCCCCUCUCCACAGAGGCAGCUUUGACACUGUGCCACCUGCUGAGCUCCUGGGUGUCUCUGGAGAGCCUCACACUCUCCUACAAUGGCCUGGGCUCUAACAUCUUCCGCCUGCUGGACAGCCUGAGGGCCCUGUCAGGCCAGGCUGGAUGCCGCCUCCGUGCCCUGCAUCUCAGUGACCUAUUCUCACCGCUGCCCAUCCUGGAGUUGACACGUGCCAUCGUUCGAGCCCUGCCCCUACUUCGGGUUCUCUCUAUUCGUGUGGAUCAUCCAAGUCAGCGGGACAACCCUGCUGUGCCAGGGAAUGCUGGGGCCCCCAGUCACAUAAUUGGAGAUGAAGAGAUACCAGAAAACUGUCUCGAGCAGUUGGAGAUGGGAUUUCCACGAGGAGCCCAGCCGGCCCCACUGCUCUGCUCUGUUCUGAAGGCCUCAGGUUCUCUACAGCAGCUGUCCCUGGAUAGUGCCACCUUUGCCUCUCCCCAGGAUUUUGGACUUGUGUUGCAGACACUCAAAGAGUACAACUUAGCCCUGAAGAGGCUGAGCUUCCAUGACAUGAAUCUGGCUGACUGUCAGAGCGAGGUGCUCUUUUUGCUACAGAAUCUGACUCUUCAAGAGAUUACCUUCUCCUUCUGCCGUCUGUUUGAGAAGCGCCCAGCCCAAUUUCUGCCUGAGAUGGUUGCUGCUAUGAAGGGCAACUCCACACUGAAGGGCCUUCGGCUGCCUGGGAACCGCCUGGGAAAUGCUGGCCUGUUGGCUCUGGCAGAUGUUUUCUCAGAGGAUUCUUCCUCUUCUCUCUGUCAGCUGGACAUCAGUUCCAACUGCAUCAAGCCAGAUGGGCUUCUGGAGUUUGCCAAGCGGCUGGAGCGCUGGGGCCGUGGAGCCUUUGGUCACCUGCGCCUCUUCCAGAACUGGCUGGACCAGGAUGCAGUCACAGCCAGGGAAGCCAUCCGGCGGCUCCGGGCCACCUGCCACGUGGUUAGCGACUCAUGGGACUCCUCCCAAGCCUUUGCAGAUUACGUCAGCACCAUGUGAUGGGGCCCAUACCUCACAGGCCCAUGUUCAGCUAAUAGUGGCUGAGGCAUGGGCUGCCCAGAAUCCCCACCACCAAUUCUGUCUUUCUCUUUCUGUCACUUUUUUUCUCCUUUUUCAUCUUCCCUUGCACUGAGGUCCUGGAAGCCUUGAUGUAGACCAGCUAAGGCAUUCCCACAGCUGGGUUUAGGGCCUUUGGGCCCCUUACUCAGUACUCUGGGAACCCUGGGCCAGGAGGAUAUAGUGUCAUCACUGUCACUGAGGACAGUUCCCACCCCUUGCCCUAGGGUUCCUGCUUUCCCUCAAGCAGGUACCCAGGCUUUAGAGAAGUGUAGGAGUGCCCACUACCAGGCCUCUUCCCUCCUGGGCUUACCACACUGCUCCCAGGCCUCAGUCCCUUUCAUACCUUUAUUCCUUUCUUUUUUUUAACCAAAAAAAAAGUUUUCUUAUAAAAUAAAUUUUGGGCAAACAUCA